AUGGAUGCAGUACAAGAGUUCGCUACAAAAUUGUCUUUACCAGUUCCGAAAAAAUUUGUUGUUGGUGGUGCUUCGAAGCGCGGAUGGACAACAUGGACAACAGCGGCUGUUGACACUGAAAGAGUUGUAGGAGCAAUACCGAUCGUUUUAGACAUUUUGAACUUGCAAGCAAACUUACAUCAUCAUUAUCGAUCACUUGCCGGUUGGACAUUUGCAUUUGCAGAUUACUACCAAUUAAAUAUAACAAAAUUGACUGAUAGUCCAAAUCUCAAAGCUAUGGGAGCUAUAGUUGAUCCGUAUAGUUAUCUGGAACGAUAUCGAAAUACCAAAUUGCUACAAAUUCAAUCAGCAGGUGAUGAAUUUUUUCUACCAGACAAUGAGCUAUUGUUUUGGAACGACUUACAAAGCGCCACCGGAGGAACAAACUUAUUAAGUAAUGGUCCUAAACCAAUUAGUGCAAUUGGCUACAAAGCAAGAACAUUAAAUGCUAAAAGACGUGAUUUUCGUUUGGUUAUUGGUGAUCCAAAUCAUCCCGGUAAAGCUAUCGUCAAUCCAGUAUUUUGGCUGACCCAAGCUAUUGGUCAACAAGUAGUUAACUCCACAAAGACUGUUUACACAUUAACAAUAGCAAACCCAUUGGAAGGUUGGGAAGGUUUCUUCAUCCAAGUGAAUUUUCCGGGUCCACAAGGUACCGCAUUAGAAUUGACAACCGAAACGCUUAUUAUUCCUGACACGUAUCCAACAGAUGAUUGUUCCGGAGAUGGAUGUUAUGGUACACUUGUGUGA